GACCCGUCGUCGUCGCGACCAAAACCGACGCGCACGGGGGGCACGGCGCACCCUCCCCCCUCCCGGCUGUGUGGCUCACCUUCCCCUCUCCCCCACACCACCACCACCGCCGCGCCCCCGCACUCGAAUGUGUCGAGGCUGACCUCCCCGCCGACGCCCCGCGCCCGCGAUGCCCGCGCCGACCGCCGAGCCGGCGCUCCCGGCCGCCUUCCUCUGCGUCCCGUCCCCGCUCCUCUCCGCGCCCCUCCCCGGCGCCGCCGUCUCCGCCUCCCCCGCGCCCUGCCACCACCAUGCCUCCUUCCUCCCGCGCCCGCGCGGCGGGCCCCGCGCGCUCUCCGCCGCCGUGUCCGCCCCGGGCCCUGCGUCCUCCGCCGCGUCUCGCCUCCACCGGAUGUGGGGCGAGUUCGCGCGGUUCGUGCGCCUGCACGGGAACCAAAUCGCGCCGCUCGGGUUCGCGUCGCUCGGGCUGGGCUUCGGCGGGGGCGAGGGCGGAGGUGGUAACGCCGGCGGUGCGGGAGGAGGAGGGGGCGGAGGGGAUGUGGAUGGGGUGGGCGAGGUGGGGGAGGCAGCGGCGCGGGCCGAGCCCCCCAAGAAGGUGCUGAUCCUGAUGAGCGACACGGGCGGCGGGCACCGAGCGUCCGCCGAGGCCAUCAAGGCCGCCUUCAUCCAGGAGUUCGGCGACGACUACCAGGUAUUUGUCACUGAUUUGUGGACCGACCACACUCCGUGGCCCUUCAACCAACUGCCUAGGAGCUACAGUUUUUUGGUGAAACAUGGACCCUUGUGGAAGAUGACAUACUAUGGUACUGCACCGCGUGUAGUUCAUCAGCCACAUUUUGCUGCAACAUCCACAUUCAUAGCAAGAGAGGUUGCAAAAGGUCUAAUGAAGUACCAACCAGAUGUAAUUAUCAGUGUACAUCCUUUAAUGCAACAUGUGCCCCUCCGAAUUCUAAGAUCCAAAGGUCUCUUGGAUAAGAUCCCAUUCACUACUGUUAUCACAGAUCUCAGCACUUGUCACCCAACAUGGUAUGCUGACUUCAAUGUUCGCAUGAAUCAACAUCAUUUUUUUAGUUUCUUACCAAAAUGUGACAUACACUCUUACAAAGAAAUAGUUAUUCUAUUGUUGUCCCUUAGGUUCCAUAAGCUUGUCACUAGAUGUUACUGUCCAUCAACUGAGGUGGAAAAGAGAGCACUAAAAGCGGGACUGAAGCCCUCACAGAUUAAAGUAUAUGGCCUCCCUGUCCGGCCCUCUUUUGUCAAACCUGUUCGACCAAAGGAUGAACUGCGAAGAGAGUUAGGCAUGGAUGAAGAUCUGCCUGCUGUUCUGUUAAUGGGUGGGGGUGAAGGGAUGGGUCCUAUUGAGGCCACUGCUAAAGCGCUUGGUGAUACUUUGUAUGAUGAAAUCCUAGGCGAACCCACUGGUCAGAUACUUGUGAUUUGCGGGCGUAAUAAGAAGCUGGCUAAUCGAUUGCAGUCAAUAAAUUGGAAAGUUCCAGUUCAGGUGAAAGGUUUUGUUACAAAAAUGGAAGAAUGUAUGGGUGCUUGUGAUUGUAUCAUUACGAAGGCAGGGCCUGGUACAAUUGCAGAGGCGAUGAUUCGUGGAUUACCAAUUAUUCUAAAUGAUUAUAUUGCUGGGCAGGAAGCUGGCAAUGUUCCGUACGUUGUUGAAAAUGGAUGCGGGAAGUUCUCGAAAUCUCCAAAACAGAUUGCAAAGAUAGUAGCUGACUGGUUUGGCCCAAAGUCAGAUGAAUUCAGAGUUAUGUCCCAAAAUUGCCUCAAACUAGCUCGACCGGAUGCGGUGUUCAAAAUCGUCCAUGACCUGCACGAGCUGGUCAGGCAAAAAUGUUUUGUACCCCAGUACGCAUGUGCAACAUAGAGGUUGAUUCUUCCAUUUUAGUUUGCACUUUUUUUUCUUCUCUCCCAUGCGGCACUAGUUAUAGCUGAUUGUGAGGAUUGGAAAUAUUGAUUGAUUUCAAAUGUCUCCAUGAGAGAUGAAAUUGUUUGAGCGCUCUAGUUUUGUUUCCCCUCUCA